AUGUCGACGUGGGGUGAGCAUUUCCGUGUCACUACCUAUGGCGAGUCGCACUGCCGCUCUGUCGGUUGUAUCGUCGAUGGUGUCCCUCCUGGCAUGGAGCUCACAGAGGCAGACAUUCAGCCUCAAAUGACUCGUCGCCGUCCAGGCCAGAGUGCCCUUACCACUCCCCGCGAUGAGAAGGAUCGCGUUGAGAUUCAGUCAGGCACUGAGUUCGGUGUCACGCUAGGCACACCGAUUGCCAUGAUUGUGCGCAACGAGGAUCAGCGUCCCAAGGACUACGGUGGCAGCACAAUGGAUCUCUACCCCCGCCCUAGCCACGCCGAUUUCACUUACCUUGAGAAGUACGGUGUGAAGGCCAGCAGCGGUGGCGGCCGUAGCAGUGCCCGCGAAACGAUCGGUCGUGUCGCCGCUGGCGCAAUCGCCGAAAAGUACCUGAAGCUGUCCCACAACGUCGACAUCGUCUCCUUUGUCUCUUCCGUCGGCAACGAGCACCUCUUCCCUCCCACUCCCGAGCAUCCUACCGCUUCCACAAACCCCGAAUACCUUCAGCUCCUAGAGACCAUUGACCGCCCAACGGUGGACAAGUUCAUUCCUGUUCGUUGCCCUGACGCUGAUGCCUCCGAGCGCAUGACCAAGGUGAUUGAGAAGUUCCGCGAUGCGCACGACAGCAUCGGAGGAACCGUCACCUGCGUCAUUCGCAAUGUUCCCGUCGGCCUCGGCGAGCCCUGCUUCGAUAAGCUAGAAGCUAAGCUUGCGCACGCCAUGCUGAGCAUCCCCGCUACCAAGGGCUUCGAGAUUGGCUCCGGCUUCGGCGGCUGUGAGGUGCCUGGCUCCACUCACAACGAUCCAUUCGUUGUCUCCGAUGAUGGUCGUCUCAAGACCAAGACCAACAACUCCGGCGGUAUUCAGGGCGGUAUCUCCAACGGUGCCUCGAUCUACUUCCGUGUCGCUUUCAAGCCUCCUGCGACUAUUGGCCAAGCCCAGAAUACCGCCACUUAUGAUUUGCAGACGGGUACCUUGGAGGCCAAGGGUCGCCAUGACCCAUGUGUUGUUCCUCGUGCGGUGCCAAUCGUCGAGGCCAUGUCUGCAUUGGUCAUUAUGGAUGCCCUGAUGGCCCAGUACGCGCGCGAGUGCGAGGAACAUGCUGCCUACGUUGACCACCACUUUGCCCACCAAGCCUACCACUGCUCCUAA